AGCUUAAGUACCGUUUUUCAAAUGCAAACCAAAUCCAAGAUAAUAUUUAAAAAUUUUCUUCGUGAACUAUCUGUGCCUUUGCAAAUCUGUAAAAGAAACUUUUGCAACAGCUAUUUAGCUACCUCAGGGACGUCCCUGGCUACCUAUACAAGAUGAGUGAGUCACACAAUGUAGUCUCAAAAACGUCKCCGAAUUUGCAAGAAUCAACCACUUCGUCAAAUGAAGUUUUCACAAAUGAUAGCGAAAGAAGCGACGACGUCAAGAUUAACGGCUAUCGCAACAUUCUAGGUUCAGAUGACUUUGAAGUAGUUUCAACAAGAAUGCCAGUCGUACAAGAAACACGCUACAAUCACCGUGAGUUCACCAGACGUGAGGUUUUGAAGGCAAAGUUGAAGUACCAUUACAUGAACCCCUGGCAAAAGUACAAGGYCAAGCGACGAAAGCCUUGGAAGUUAUUCAUUCAAAUAUUCAAAAUCAUAAUUGUUACCGUUCAGGUUGUUGUUUUUGGUACAGAUCGAUUCUCRAUUGUCUCCUUUCUUGAGGAAAACAGUCAAGCUUURGAAUAUUUAUUUCUGAACGAUUAUCCAGCUAACUCUUUGCAACCCAACAAGGUUAUCUACACAAGAGAUGAAGCCUUGCAAUUCUUGCACUAUGCACACCAACAGGUUCAAUUUUAUCCAUUUGUCUUUCAUUUUAAAUUAGGUUGUAUUGAUCUUCCCAAACCUAAAAAUGGAGAGCACAUUAUAUCAAACACAUCUUUUCAGUUUGGCAGUUUGGUGAGCUUAGAACUUAUCCUUACCUUGAAUGCUAUCAACUUAAAAGGCGUCAGAUCUUGGGACAAACCCUCAUGUUAUGCCCUGGAUGUCAAAAUACUGUUUGACAACUCUAAGCUUGAUGGUCAAAUGCCCCUUUCAUUGACGAGUCAACAUCGGUGGUUGAAGUGCAAAAAGAGAGCUGAAAUUAACUCACCUGAGAAAGAUUUGGGUCGUUUGAUUCUUGUUGGAUUGUUGGUCUUUGAUGCAAUUGUCAUCUUCAUAUGUCUUCUGUCUCUCAUCUUAUGUUUGCGAUCAUUGGCAAAAUCAUUUCAUCUUGCAAAGGAAGCCAGGACAUAUUUCAAAGACUUUACGAAUGAUCCUCUAACCCUGUCAGAGGCAGCGGAGCUGUUUAACCURUGGUUUAUUGUCAUCAUCAUAUCUGAUUUUCUUGCUAUAUUGGGUUCUAUUUAUAAAAUUGCAAUAGAGCAGAAGGAUCGAGAAUACUUCGAUAUAUGUAGCCUACUGCUUGGAAUUGCUGUAUUACUGGUUUGGUGUGGUCUGCUGAGGUUUCUGCAGUAUUCUCCCAAAUACAAUGCWUUGUUGCUGACUGUUAAAGCAUCAGGACCCAGUGUUCUGCGUUUUAUGGCUUGCAGCGGGAUUUUGUUCAUGGGAUUUACUCUUUGUGGCUGGCUUGUACUGGGACCUCAUCAUUCAAAGUUUCGUGACACCACUAUUACGGCUGAGUGCCURUAUUCACUUAUCAAUGGUGAUGAUAUGUUUAAUACUUAUGCGCUGCUUACCGAGAAGAGUGGUUAUGCAAUCUGGGUCUACAGUAAAGCUUAUUUGUAUAUCUUCAUAUCCCUCUUUAUCUACGUGGUACUUAGUUUGUUUAUCGGUAUCAUAGCAGAUACAUACGAGCGACUAAAGGAUAUGCAGGGAUAUCUACCGUCAACACGACUUAGCCGUUUUGUCGAGGAAUCGAAAGACAGCCAUGAACAUCGUACUAGAUGUGUCACUGCACCUGCAACAUGUCGCAGAACGGAGUCCAAUACAACAUCUGAUACAGCAAUACGUCAUUUAUCCAUGGACUCCACUGGUGCUGAGUAAUCCCAGUCCCUAGUCCCCGCCCCCCCUCCCCAACCCAAUGAAUUUACAGAUAAAUAUUAAUCGAAAAAAUUAAUGUAUAAAAACUUAAAAUUGAAAAAUUUAUAUAAAAAUAUAUGAUCAGUCUAUGCAGCACUGUGAAAUUUAUUGAAGAACCAGCGUCGUUUCCCCUUUUUCUGACCCUCCAAAAGAAUGGUCGGCUCAAAUAACAUCAAAGAAAAAAUUAUUUUUCCGAAUGUAUUUUCAAGGCUUUUUCACCCGGAAUAGCCUUGUUAUAUAUAGAUUUCUUCAUGGAAAGUGCUGACGUACCAAAUUGAGAAAAUCCCGUACAAAAGCACUUUCCAUGAUGAAGUUUGUUUAUUAUAUACAUACUGAGAUUUAUAGCGACUUUUGUGCAUUUUCAACCUCGUUCCCAGGGCCAUCUCGCCCGACUCCUUUUCAAGAUGGCGGACGUCGGGGAGAUGACCCUGGCGUU